AUGUUUGAUCAGGAAAGUCUCCCGAUAAGAAGAAGAAAAUCCAUGCAAACGCUAGCGCAGAAUGCAAAGGCACCGCCCGUGCAUUUUUAUGCACUUCGAAUUCCCGACGAUCAACUCGACAAGAUCGACGAUAAAGCCGUUCGAAAGUUUUACGAGCACCAAAAUGAGAUUAUCGACCGGUACAUGGAAGUAGAUGAAAUCAUUCAAGAAUUACGUGGAGAUAAUUGCAGUGUCUUAUUCCGAUCAAACAGCCUCCAAGCUGAAGACGAGGAGGAAAGCACACCUUUAAUUGCUCCUAACAAGGAAACUUCUUCGACCUGGCUUAUUCAUUUAGCCAUUAAUCUAUCAUUUGUAGCCAAUAUUGUCCUGUUUCUGACCAAGGCCUUUCUUGCGUUCUUCACGGGAUCCAUUGCGAUCCUUGCUUCGGCCUUUGAAAGUUUUCUGGAUAUCCUCAGCAAUGGCAUCAUCUUUUUCACCAUUCGUGUGAUCCGGCAAAAGAAUAUUUAUACGUACCCCGUAGGCAAAUCACGCAUGGAACCCUUGGGCAUCAUUGUGUUUGCUGUGGUCAUCACAACCUCUUUCAUUCAGGUAUUGGCCUCAUCGGUCGAGCAAUUGACAGAGGAAAACCGGCAGGUGCAGCAUGUGGAUUUGAGCCCAAUUUCAAUUGCUUUGUUGGUAGCAAAUAUUGUGGUCAAAGGUAUCCUGUGGUUUUGGUGUCUCAGUAUCAAGGGAAGCUCGAGUGUGAGGGCGCUUGCUCAGGAUCAUGAAAAUGACGUGGUGUUUAAUAUAGCUAGUACGCUUUUCCCGGUCAUUGCUGUCUGGGCAAAGAUGCCACCUUUGGAUCCGAUUGGGGCCAUUUUGCUGUCGCUAUAUAUUAUUUAUGAAUGGGUGACUGUAUUAUUAGGUAAUCCUCGAGUCCCGCAUUAG